UCGCACUCUAUUUCUGACUGCAUUGCCACAUGCCCCGGUGUGUGGUGGUUGUGUUGGUUGUGUUUGUGUGGACUCUCUUUAGGCCUCGACACCGUUCAGGAUUUACCAUCCACCUCCCGGAUUCUUUCCUUCUUUAUUGUUGCUGGUGUUUGUGGACGGUCCGGAGGCUGCAGCUGCUGUUUGAGACCAUCAGAGGUCGUUUGUCUCCACACAUUCACUCGUCCUCCACCACCUCCAUCACGUCUGGCUGACAUCUGCUUCACCCGCCCUCUCCCUCCACCUCCACCUCCACCUCCACCUCACGACCAACACCCCCCCCCUCUCCUCCCCCCGUCCUCCCCCGUCCUCCCCCGUCCUCCCCCUCCAGUCCUCAGCCAUGGCGCUGUCCUCCCGCCUGAAGCUGUGGGAGCAGAAGAUAAAGGAGGAGAACAAGCCGGUGGCGGCGGCCGAACCUCCACCGCCUCUGUCAGCUCUGCCGGGCGGCUUCCUCAAACAGCUGGUCAGAGACUCAGAGAAGGAGACCAAACAUAAAGAACCAGAGGAGACCAGGGAGGAGAGAGCACCGAGCAAACUGAGCGACAACCUGGUGCAGCAGUUCCUCCUCCCGGACCAGACCCCGCCCAUCCUGGAGGCGGAGAUGGCGCUCAGGGCUGAGCAGCAGCUGAACAACGUCAAGCAGCAGAGGAGCGGCUCGGCCCAGCCUCAGCGCCACAUCACGUCCCCGGACCCCGGCAACGGAUCCAAGGCCGGACAGGAAGUGACAUCACAGCCCCAGAGGCAGCAGGACAAGACACCAGAGAAGAAGAACAAGACGAUGGAGAGGAUAGAGGAGGUGGAGAAGAGGAGGAAAGAGGAGGAGGAGAAGAAGAGGAAAGAGGAGGAGGAGAAGAAGAAGAAGAGGAAAGAGGAGGAGGAGAAGAAGAGGAAAGAGGAGGAGGAGAAGAAGAAGAGGAAGAUGGUGCAGGAGGUUCAGCAGGUGGUGAAGAAGGAGAAGAAGGAAGAAGGCGUGGAGGCGAGACUGCAGCCGGAGGGAAGACAAGCAGACACGACGAUAACAGAGAACAACAGGAGGGAGGUGAAGGACGUCUGGUACGAAGCUGGAACUGUGUGGUAUGUGCACAAGGACGGAUUCUCCCUCGCCACUCAGCUGAAGCCUGACGAAGGAACUCCUGAACUCCCAGACGGCAAAGUGAGGGUCCGGCUGCAGACGGACGGAUCGCUGCACGACGUCACCGAGUAUGAAGUUGAGAAGUGUAACCCGUCAGAGCUGGACCUCUGCGAGGACCUGAGCGACCUCCAGAGUGUGAAUGAAUGUGGAGCUCUGCACACCCUGACCAGUCGGGCUAAAGCCAACCUGCCACUGACCCACGCCGGACCCAACCUGGUCAACUUCUGGCCUCCGAUACAGACCCACAGCAAGACGCCAAAGUCCCGGCGAGGGGAGUCGGUGUGGGAGGCUCCUCCCGUCCUGGCGGCCCUGGUGAAGCGGGUGUACGUGUCCAUGGUGGGCAGCCGGAGGGACCACAGUGUUUGUGCGGUGGGACGCAGCGGGACGGGGAAGACGACGGCGUGCCAGGCUUUCGCACAUGCUCUCCUCAAACAAGCUGGAACCACCGGGGAGAACAUCAGCGCCGAGCGUCUUCAGGCCAUGUUCACCGUCCUCAGGUCGUUCGGGAGCGUGAGCUCACAGCACAGUGACGCCUCCUCCCGGUUCGCCAUGGUCUUCUCUCUGGACUUCAACCACGCCGGGCAGGUCGCUGCCGGACACCUCCAGACCAUGAUGCUGGACAAAUGGAAGGUGUGUCAGAAAACUCAAGGGGAGAGUAACUUCCUGGUCUUCUCUCAGAUGCUGGCGGGACUCAGCACAGAGAUGAGGACGGAGCUGCAGCUGCACCAGGUCCCUGAAUCCAACUCUUUUGGUAUAGUUCAUCCCACAAAGGUGGAGGAGAAGCAGCGAGCGUCCGUCGCCUUCACCAAGCUGCUGACUGCCAUGGAAACGCUGGGCUUCUCGGCCGGGGAGCAGAAGGCGAUCUGGCAUGUCCUGGCUGGUAUUUACCAUCUGGGAGCCGCCGGGGCCUGUAAAGUGGGCCGGAGGCAGUUUGUGAGCUUCGACAGCGCUCAGGUUGCCAGCAGCGUCCUGGGAUGUGAGGGAGAGGAUCUGCACACGGCUGUAUUCAAGCAUCACCUCCGACAGUUGCUGCAGAAAGCCACCGGGGGCAGCAGAGAGAGGAACUGCAGCACAGAGACAGAGGAGGGUCCCAGAUUAACAGCUGCUCAGUGUGUUGAUGGGAUGGCGGCUGGACUCUAUGAGGAGCUCUUCACCGUCAUCGUGUCGCUCAUCAACAGGGCUCUGAGCAGUCAGCAGCUGACGUUGGCCUCGGUGAUGGUGGUGGACACGCCGGGUCUGAGGAACCCGAGACACUCGUCGGAGGAGAGAGGAGCCAACUGGUCCGAACUCUGUCACAACUACCUACAGGAGAGGCUUCUGGAGCAUUAUCACUCUCACACCUUCAGACACUCGCUGGACAGAUACGCCCAGGAGAAGAUCCGUGUGGAGUUCGAGUGUCCAGAGAACAGCCCGGCGGAGGUCGUAUCCGCCAUCGACCAGUCGCCUCCACAGGUGCGGGCUGCAGACGGGGACCCCCGAGGUCUCCUCUGGGUCCUGGAUGAGGAGAUGGUGACUCCGGCCUCCAGUGAGACCAGCGCCCUGGAGAGAGUCUGCCAGUAUUACAGCAGCACCGUGCGUCAGUGUGAGCAGCCUCUUCAGUGUGAGAUCAACCACCUGAUGGGCUGCGACCCCGUCCGCUACGACCUGACCGGCUGGUUCAGCCUGAUCCAGAACAACCCGUCCGCUCUCAACGCCGCCUGUUUGCUGCAGAACUCCACCAUAGCGGAGGUGAAGGCCGUGUUCAGCCCCAGGAUCUCCCUGCCCCCCAUGUGUCGAGGCCUGGGGGGUCUGGAGGGCGGCAGCCAGCGCUCGCUGCAGAGGAACGGCACCAUCCGUAAGACGUUCAGCGGAGGCAUGGCGGCGAUACGCCGACACUCGCAGUGCAUCGCCGUGAAGCUGCAGGCGGAUGCUCUGGUCAACCUGAUCCGACGAGCCAGGCCCGUGUUCCUUCAGUGCGUCAGCGCCAAGACGGAUGGUGCAGGGUUUGACAUCCCGGCCCUCAGAGUCCAGCUUCACUCCACCCAGAUCCUGUCGGCGCUGCAGCUUUACCGCACAGGUUACCCAGAACACAUGACGCUCAGCGACUUCAGGUGUCACUUCCAGGCUCUGUGUCCUCCCAUCAUGAAACGUUACGCGUCCAUGUUCGUCAGCCACGACGAGAGGAAGGCUGUGGAGGAGCUGCUGGUGGAGCUGGACGUGGACAAGAAGAGCAUCGCAGUGGGAGCCAGCAGAGUGUUCAUGAAGCGGGGGGUGUUGCGUUACCUGGAGCAGCAGAGGGACCAGCAGGUCACCGGUUGGCUGGUCCACCUCCAGGCCGCCUGCAUGGGACACCUGGCCCGUCAGAGAUACCGCAAACUCAAGGUGCAGCAGAUGGCCGUCCGCUGUCUGCAGAGGAACCUCCGGGCUCUGAGGGCCGUGUCCAAGUGGAGCUGGUGGAAACUUUUCUGCAGAGUUCGUCCUCUGCUCGACGUCAACAUGGACAACGAGAGGCUCAGGGCUAAAGAGGAUGAGAUAUCGGCUCUGAGACGACGUCUGGAGAAAUCAGAGAAGGAGAGAAACGAGCUGAGGCAGAGUGUCGACGGCCUGGAGACCAAGGUUACAGCCGUGACCUCUGAACUCAGUGACGAGCGUUUCCGUGGCGAUGCGGUGGGUCAAGCUCUGGACGUGGAGAGAGCAGAAAGACUACGACUCAGCAGGGACAACAGAGACCUGCAGGCUCGCUUAGACCAGUGCAAAGUCACCAUGGAAACUCUGGAGAAGCAGCUGGAGGAGGAGAAGCAGAGAGCUCAGCUGGUGGAGAGUCAGAGAGGAGUAGGGACAGACAGUGAGCUGGCCAUGCAGCUGGAGUGCUGCCAGACGGAGGUGGAAUUUGUCCGCAGACGGCUGAAGCAGACGGAGGAAAAGCUGGAGACAGAGAAACAGAGCCGACAACAGCUCGAUACCAAGGUGGCGGAGCUGCAGGCCCAGCUGGACCAGUCCAGGAAGAGCGCGACCGAACUGAAGCGCCACUGUCGCCGCGUGACCUCCGACCUCCAGGACGCCCGAGUCCUGACCGACAGUCUGCAGAGCCGCAUGCACGAACUGGAGCGCAAACAGAGGAGGUUUGACAGUGAACUGACUCAGGCUCUGGAAGAAGCCGAUAACGAGAGAGAGCAGAAGGACAAAGCUUUCCACGAGAACACGGCUCUGGGGACGGAAAUAUUCACGCUGCGCCGCAGCCUCCAGGAGAGCCAGGCGGAGGUGGGACGUCUGCAGAAGCAGAAGGAGGAGCUGUGCGCUCAGAUCCGUGACCUCAGCCUCCCCGUCGACCUCGCCGCCGAGUCGCUGCCCGACCUGAAGAAGCAGCUCCGCCUCCUGGAGAGCCAGGCCGCCGAGAGGGCGGAGGAGGUUUCCACGCUCGGCGCCAGGAUCCAGCAGCAGCAGCAGGUCCACAUGAGGUUCGAGAUGGAGAUGGAGAGGAUGAAGCAGAUGCACCAGAAGGAGCUGGAGGACAAGGAGGAGGAGUUAGAGGACGUCCACAAGUCCUCACAGAGACGACUGAGGCAGCUGGAGAUGCAGCUGGAGCAGGAGUACGAGGAGAAACAGAUGGUGAUUCACGAGAAGCACGACCUGGAGGGACUCAUCGCGACGCUGUGUGACCAGGUGGGACACCGAGACUUCGAUGUGGAGAAGAAGCUGAGGAGGGAUCUGAAGAGGACUCACGCCCUGCUGGCCGACACCCAGCUGCUCCUGGCCACCGUCGACAGCUCGAGCCAGAGCAUGCCCAACGGCAGCAAAGACCAGAUAGAGCGUCUGCACUGUCAGCUGGAGGAGAGCGAAGCGAGGCGAAUGGAGGCCGAGGGCGUCCAGACGACUCUGGCCCAGGAGCUGGAGAACACUCAGAUCGAACUGGAAAAUAUCUGCAAGCAGAAGAGUGUGGUGGACGAGCAGUUAGCGCUGCUGCAGCAUGAGAAGCUGGACCUGCUGAAGAGGCUGGAGGAGGACCAGGAAGACCUCAACGAGCUCAUGAAGAAACACAAGGCGCUCAUCGCACAGUCUUCCAGUGACAUCACCCAGAUCAGAGAGCUGCAGGCUGAACUGGAGGAGGUGAAGAAACAGAGGCACUCUCUCCAGGAGGAGCUCCAGCAGUGUGUGUCCAAGGUGCAGUUCCUGGAGUCGUCCACCGUGGGGCGCAGCAUCGUCAGUAAACAGGAGGCCCGGGUGUGCGACCUGGAGAAUAAACUGGAGUUUCAGAGAGGUCAAGUCAAGAGGUUUGAGGUGUUGGUGCUGCGUUUGAGGGACAGCGUGGUCCGUCUGGGGGAGGAGCUGGAGCAGAGCGCCCAGGCCGAGGCUCGGGAGAAGGAGAACGCCCGUUACUACCAGCAACGGCUUCAGGACAUGAGGCUGGAGAUGGAAGACCUGAGUCAGAGGGAGCAGGACAGCAGCCGCAGACGCAUGGAGCUGGAGAUGCAGGUGGAGGAGCUGAGCGCCGUCAGGCAGACGCUGCAGGCCGACCUGGAGACGUCCAUCCGGCGCAUCGUGGACCUGCAGGCCGCCCUGGAGGAGGUGGAGUCCAGCGACGAGAGCGACUCUGAGAGCGCUCAGACCGCCGUGGAGUCCUUUACUCGAAAGAGAGACCUUGACUCUGUGUCCAGUGUUGGUUCUGUCGGGACCGAGGAUGUUGGGGAGGGGAUCCGUCACUGGCUGGGAGUUCCCAGAGGAGGAUCCCGAGCCGGUUCCACCUACAGCGGCCGUCAGUCCGUCGCUGACACCAUGAGCACCUACAGCUUCCGUUCUUGCGUGGACCCCGAUGAAGAGGGUUCUGAGGCUGGAGGAGCCGGAGUCAGGAGUCCGUCCCGAGCCCCGUCCUCCUCGGCGCUGUCCGAGCUGCUGGACGGACUCCGUAAGCGCAGAGCCGGCGGCGACGCAGGAGACGGAGCUGGCAGCACCAUCUCUCUGCCCGUCUAUCAAACCACCGCGGCCUCCACCCUCAGACGCAGAGCUUCGGCCCUGUCCCUCAGCCCGGAGGACGCCCAGGACCCCAGACCUGGUCCCAGCAUCCUCAAACCGUCCUCCCCGCUCCUGCCACGCGCCGCCAGCUCUCGCUCCGUCACCGACUCCCAGGUCUCCGCCGGAGCCUCCAAACUGUCUCGCUUCAACUCCAGCGAGUCCAUCACGUCUCCGCCCUCGCUGCCACGUCUCUCCUCGUUGGCGUCCUCCCUCGCCGCCCGACAUCGGCCCCCCUCCCUGGCCAUCCCAGAGGAGGAUCCGGAGGUGGUGCCCCGGUCCGCGACGACCCCCAUGCAGCGCUCCCCUCAGGCCCCACGGCGCUGCAUGCUGGGGAGCUUAGCCACAGAGGAAGGAGGCGAAGGCUCUCUGGGCUCAGAACCGAUGGUCUUCCAGAACCGCCGCCUGACCGGGGACCGUGACGACGCAGCCUCCGACAUCCUGCCCGCCAUCCGGAGAGCUCAGUCCACCAGCAGCCUGGCCAGCUCCGUCAGGGGGGGCCGGAGGGCGCUGAGCGUCCACUUCGGAGAGCUGCCUCCGUCGACCCGCAGCAGGAAAGGCUCCGACACCGAGUCCUCCAGCUCCGGUGGAUCAGGAGGAAGCUCCCAGGGAGGAGGAGCCAGGCGCAGGUUUGAAAGGCCGCAAGGAGAGAGACUGGAGGCGGAGGGCAGCGAGGGCGGAGACGUGGCUUCGGUCAUGAAGAGAUACCUGAAGAAGGAGGCGGACUGAAGGAGAACCCUCAUAUCAGCUGCCUCCUCGCGUGUCCAGCUGUGAUCUUCAGACGACGACGCCGACCUCAGGAGGCUGAACGCAAAGUCACGGGAAACACGUUUGUUCAGUUCACAGCCUGAGUCCAGUGCAUUUUCAUAUGAGGCCUGUUUGUAAAUGAAUAAAAGUUGAAAG